CCUACACUCCAAAAACCCAAUCAGACAAGUGGCCGUAAUCUGACUCCCAGUGCACUGGGAGCUGCAGGGCAGGCAAUGAGAGCUGCACUCUGGCCAGGGAAGGCAUGAGUGGCAGACCCGCAGCAAGGCAGUGGGGUAAGUGUGGACCAUUGUGUAGAAGAGAGAACAUCAUGGUGGCCUUCAGAGGGGUCUGGACUCAAGCUUUCUGGAAGGCAGUCACAGCAGAAUUUCUGGCUAUGCUCAUCUUUGUUCUCCUCAGCCUGGGAUCCACCAUCAACUGGGGUGGGACAGAAAAACCCCUACCUGUCGACAUGGUUCUCAUCUCCCUUUGCUUCGGACUCAGCAUUGCAACUAUGGUACAGUGCUUUGGCCACAUCAGCGGCGGCCACAUCAACCCCGCUGUGACAGUGGCCAUGGUGUGCACCAGGAAGAUCAGCAUCGCCAAGUCUGUCUUCUACGUCACAGCCCAGUGCCUGGGUGCCAUCAUCGGAGCUGGGAUUCUCUACCUCGUCACACCUUCCAGUGUGGUGGGGGGCUUGGGGGUCACCACGGUUCAUGGAAAUCUUACCGCUGGUCACGGUCUCCUGGUGGAGUUGAUCAUCACAUUUCAGUUGGUGUUUACUAUUUUUGCCAGCUGUGAUUCCAAACGGACUGAUGUCACUGGUUCAGUAGCUUUAGCAAUUGGAUUUUCUGUUGCAAUUGGACAUUUAUUUGCAAUCAAUUACACCGGUGCCAGCAUGAACCCCGCCCGAUCCUUUGGACCUGCAGUUAUCAUGGGAAAUUGGGAAAACCACUGGAUAUAUUGGGUUGGACCAAUAAUAGGAGCUGUCCUAGCUGGUGGCCUUUACGAGUACGUCUUCUGUCCAGAUGUUGAACUCAAACGUCGUUUGAAAGAAGCCUUCAGCAAAGCUGCCCAGCAAACGAAGGGGAGCUACAUGGAGGUGGAGGACAACAGGAGUCAGGUAGAGACUGACGACUUGAUCCUAAAACCCGGAGUGGUGCACGUGAUUGACAUUGACCGGGGCGAGGAGAAGAAGGGGAAGGACCCGUCGGGCGAGGUGCUGUCUUCAGUAUGACUAGAAGAUGGCACUGAAAGCAGACAGGAACCCUCAGAACUGUCCUCAGAUUUCCUUCCACCCAUUAAGGAAACAGAUUUGUUAUAAAUUAGCCAUGCGCAGGGUUGUUUUCUCAUGUCUUAUUAUUCAGGGUAGAUAAGAAAUAUUUCUUUGUUCCACCAAGGAGGAAUGGAAGAAACCUAUUGUGAAUUCCAAAUCUAAAAAAGAAGUCUUCUUAAAAUGUCCCCAAAGCAAAUAUGAAUCCAGUGAAUCCUGCUGCUGUUCAUGAAUAAUCACUUUAAAAUGUCGAUCAAGAUUUGGUUAAAUCUUGCCUGGCAGAAUUUAGAGACACACCUAUCAGCUUAAUUCUCCUCUACCAUGGCCCUGGGAUUGUUGAUCCUUGUUUGAGUAUUUAUUCCAUUAAGUCAAGUUUUUCAAUGGCAAGGGACAGUAUGUCACAGAGUCAUGCAUAUUCAAGAGAGGAAAUAUAACAUGCUUUUUUAUGAGCAGUCCCUUACUAUAAACUACCUCAGCAAGACAACAUUAACAAGGGUCAUUGUUAAUGAAUUGUUUCCAUUUCAUAUAUGUCAAAUACCCAACUUUCAGCCUGAACUCCAAUUCAUAAUAUUCCUUCCUCUUCCUCAGUGCCCAAGAUAAUGCAGACAGAAAGCCCAGAAAUCUGAAGAAUGUUCAGAAACCCUGUAUAUUUAUUGUUUCCACCUAAAAAAACAUCCAAAUCAUAAGAAACAGCUAUUAAGACAAACAGGACAAACAGACUCAUAUGAUCUUACUGGAGUGGAGGAAAAAUU